GCUUGGCGAGUCCCCGGGGCCGGCCAUGGCGGAGCCGAGCCCCGAAGAUACCUCUCUGAGCCUCAAAGCCGAGACACAGCCUCAAGAAAAGCGGCAACGCACCAUCGAGGACUUCAACAAAUUUUGCAGCUUUGUCCUGGCUUAUGCCGGCUACAUCCCCUCCUCCACAGAGCAGGAGAAUGACUGGACGCCGUCCGGCUCCAACUCCCCGGUGUGUCCAGAGAGUGUGGUGGACAGCGACAGCUGGGAAUCCACGCGGUCGGACCUGCACACCAUCGAGACCUUCGUCAAGAAGGCCAAGUCGUCGAAGAAGAAAGCCUCCUUCCGGCGCUUGAAAUCCGACAGCUCCUUGCUGGAGAAGAUGAAGCUGAAGGACUCCCUGUUCGACUUGGACCCAGUGGGGAAGCAGCCGCCCCCACUCGCCGGGCCCAAAGUCCCCGCCGAUAAGAAGGACAAGCGGAACCGGAAGGCUGCCUUGGAAGCUGGGGCUGCCAUGCGCAACCGGAGCGAGGCGCUGGGCGAGAAGCGCUCACGCAUCAAAAAGAGCAAGAAGCGGAAGUUGAAACACCCAGAGCGAGGCGAGAAGCCGAAGCACAAAAUCCCCGUGAGCGAGACAGACUCGGAAGAGGAGGAGGAAGAAGAGGACGGCGGAGCGGGCCCUCUGCGGCCAAGCGGGGAGGAGGAGGGGGUGGGGGCGGCCACGGCACGGGUCUCAUUCCAGGCACCACCAGAGCUGCUGGCCACCAAUUUCCCCAUUAAGCUGGAGGACACGGAAGGGAAGGAGAGCAUCAGCACAGAGACCAGCCAGGACGGGGAAGGGAGCUCCAGCGAAGGCGAGAUGAGGGUCAUGGAUGAAGACAUCAUGGUGGAAUCAGGCGACGACUCGUGGGACCUCAUCACCUGCUACUGCCAGAAGCCCUUCGCUGGGCGGCCCAUGAUCGAAUGCAACCAGUGCGGCACCUGGAUCCACCUCUCCUGCGCCAAGAUCAAGAAGACCAAUGUCCCUGACAUUUUCUUUUGCCAGAAAUGCAAAGAAAGCUCGCGGAAGCAGGUGCUGCCAGCCCCUCAGAUCCCCACGGUACUCAGCGCAAUGUCCCCCCUGGUGUCGCGGGCAGGCGGGGGGGAGCCCUAGCACAGGAGUGGGGGGGGUGACCUGCAGCUCUCGGUUGGGCUUUCGUCCCGCAGAGGGGAAAACAAAUAAAAACCAGACUCUGGACAGGGAGCAGAGAGAAAAAAGGGGGGGGGGGCUGCUCUGGAUUGGGAUCCCCUUUGAAUGGGGGUGGGGGGGGAACACGGUGGUCCAGUGGAAGUGGCAACAGCAAUGAAUCCAGCGCUUGGUUGAUCCUGGCUAGGCUGCAGUGGGCCCUCCUGGCCUUAAACCCCACCCCAGCCCUCUCUCCUGCUCAGGGGACUCGGGUGGGCGGGAAGGUCCUCUGUUCACUCUUGGGCCUUGGGGGAGAGGGGGGAGGUGUAACAUGGAGUCUUGAUUUCCUUUUGAAUUCUCUUCUUCUGCUUGUCCUGCUCCACCACCUUUGUAAAUAGAAGACAGUGUUUAUUGUUUUUUUUUUUUUUUUUCGUUCAUUUUCCUGGUUUCUUUACACACACCCAGGUAGGUUUCUUGGGUGGGAAGGUUUUAAAACACCCCCCCGUUUGUGCUCCUGAUUUUUUUUUUGUGGACUCAGGUUUGAAACCUCGGUUGAUUUUUUUUGUGUGUGUUGGGGGGGAUCUGAGAAGGCCAAAGGGGGCAACCCCCCUUUUUUGUUUUAAUAUUUGCAGAGGUGUACAUGGCAGAAUUUUCGAUUGUAA